AUGGUCAUGACGCGAGCGGUGAUGACAGCAACUUGUCUGCUGCCGCCUGGCUUAGUGAAUGUCGAAUGGCUUCUGGUGAAUCUCACCAUUACGGCCACCACAGCAUUUUUACCAAAGCAAACUAAUCUAUUGAAAAUCAGCAAACCGGCAGAAACAGUAGCAAACCUCAUCAUGGGCAACGCAGCCAGCAGAGACUACAGCAUCCGCGAUGCUGAGCAGCGUAAGCAACAGCAACUUCUGCAAGGCAGUGUACACAUCGUCGGGCGACUGCCUGCACAGCUGGUGGCUCAGCAUCAGCGGAAUGCGCUUGAGACUCAGCAGCAGCGAAUUCUUUUCGAGCAGCAAAGACAGGCCAUGCAAAACCAACUGCAAGCAAAUAUCUUCCAUCGCUUGGGCAGAAUUGAGGCUGGCGUAGAGAAUCUGAAUCGUUUGGCAGGUGGCGGUACAGUCGGAAGUAGCGGCGGCGGCAUCUCCAGCAAGAAGACGGCAAAGGUGCAAACCGGUGCGCAUGGAGACCCAACACAACUCACACAACAAAAUCUGAAGACUGCCGCGGAGCAAGCCGCUGCCGCUUCUGGAGCCAAGUCGAAAUCAAAAUCCAGUGCCAAGUCCGUGCCUGCGGAGGCUGUUCAGGCGCCGGAGGGCUUCAUUCCAGCAGGAGAUCGACAUAGACGUGCCUUUGCGCCCCCUACUCACGGCAGUCGAGUGCUGGGUAUGCAUCGCGGUCCUCCGUCACGAGCCACUCGAGCUAGAGCUAGAGCGGUGCGCACUCGACUUGGCUGGAACUAG